AGCCCUCAGGGAUGGGGAGAGGCCCAGUGCCCCCCUCAGUGGGGACUCCCUAAGCUGAAAGCCAUCUCCUCCAGGCCGCUGGUCCUCAGCCUCGCACAGGGCCGCUUUCCGCUUUCCGCUUUUAGUGAGCAGAGGCACCUCAGGGUGCUGAGGAAGGUCAGGAGAGCCGCGGGGAGCCGCAAAGCAGGGCAGCGCAGGUCCCGGGGAGCGGCGGCCGGGAUGCAGCGCGGGGGGCUGAGCGCCUGCGGCUCCGUGGAGGUGAAGGAGCGGCCCCGCGAGGCGGCGCUGUGAUGCCGCCUCCCGCCUCGGCGUACUGCAUCUCCCAGCAGGCGGUGCGGCUUGACGUCACCCUCUCACGUGACGCGGGGGGGGCGGGGCGUCGGGCGGAAGCGCGGCCCUGAGGCAGGCGCGGCGGCGGAAGUGGAACCGACGGGCGGCGGAGCGGCCAUGGUGUCCGGCAAGCAGCUGGCUGAUUUCGGCUACAAGGCCUUCUCCGGUUCCAUGAUGCUGCUGACGGUGUACGGCGGGUACCUGUGCGGCGUCCGGGCCUACCGCUUGCUGCAGAACCGCCGCGCCCGGCAGGCCUCGGCCGGCCCCGAGAGCUGAGGGCGGAGGGCUCGGUGCCGCCGCGGUGCCGAGCUGCGCUCUCGGAAGGGCCCAGAGCGCAAUAAAACCACGUGGAAACGCC